GUGUGUGUUUGUAUUUCCAAUCAACUGAACCGCCAACCUUUCGCACGUGCCUCAAGUGAGCCGCAGAAGUCCAAAACAUUGCCUGGCCACAGUUUUAAAGUCUUAGCCGUCGUCACGCCCCACCCCCUGUUCCCCACCACCGCUUGAACGGCCUGGCGCCCGCUCAUAUGCAAAUUUUAAAUUGUGUCGGUCCUUUGUGCUCUUAAUUCAAGUUGUGAUUUCUAAUUGUGCGCAUACACUCACUCACACACACAUACACCCACACACACACACACAUUGAGUGUGUGUCAAUGUCAAUGGCCUGAACUCUUGAACUCAUUUUGCCAUGCUAAUCGCGUCCUGCAUAUCAUGUGGAUAUAACUAGAGAGAAGUUCAGCAUUAAUGACGUCUCUGCUUGAGAUUAUAAUGCGAUCCAAAGCGAUUGCUAGAAAAUUCAGUCAAGGCUCUAACGGCGACGACUACGAUCCGAGCGUCGUGCGCCACCAUCAUCAUCAUCAUCAUCAUUUGGAUCUCAGCAGUGGAGCGCCGCCCUUUGGUCCGCUGCCGCCGGCGCACUUGACCUCCAGCCAGGCUCGGCCCGAGGAGACGUUCGGUCGCCAUCUGCCGCCAACGAUAUCCCCGCCCCCUGCGGCGCUGCUUCAGCAGCCCUCGCAGUCGGCGUCGCAGUCGCAGUCCCUUCAGCAGCAGCCAUCGCUGCCGCCGCCGCCGCAUUUAGCAUUGCAUUUGCAGCAACAGCGAUUGCAACGCUCGCCGCCCGCUUCAGUCUCUGCCUCGAUCUCUGCCUCCGGCUCUGGCUCCGGCUCCGGCUCCGGUUCUGGUUCCGGCUCUGGUUCCGCCAGCGGCACCAACAUGGAGCACCUCUUCAGCGACAAGACGCAGGAGUUUCUAAUGCAGAUGGCGCGCCUGCGCGACCCCUUUUGUGAUAUGGACAUUCGUGAUAAUGGCGUCUAUGCCAAGACCGAUUUACCACGCGACUCCCGCUACGGACCCUUUCCCAUGCACCUGUGCCAGCAGCCCAGCGAUCGCCACUUGGCCUGGGAGGUAAUUGCCGGACCGCUAUUCCACGGCUGGCUGGAGCCCUCGGCGGAUGUGGCCACAUGGCUAAAAAAGAUACGCAACGCCCAGAGCGAUGAGGCUGAAGAGGCUAAUUUAAGGAAUUUCGUUGUCGAUCGCUGUCUGUGGUACGAAACGAAACGGGAUAUUAGUGCAGGCGCUGAAAUCGUGGUCGAUCCCCGCUCCCGCACGCCCUACGACAUCAGCGAGAGCCUGCGGAAUGGCAGCAUCAGCUGCAGCAGCAGUGGCAGCAGCAGCGCGGCAGCAGUGGCAGCAACUGCAGCAGCCGCAGCCGCCGCCGCUGCCGCAGCAGCCGCCAUGGCAGCCGCUAGCAACAACAACAACAACAUCAACAAUAACAAUAACAACAACAAUAGCGAUGAUCGCAGCGAUCGUGAUAACGGCUUUUACAGCGGCGACGAAUUUGCGAAGGAUAAGAAAAACAUAUCGAUAAACAGUCAGGUCGAUAACGAUUUCACAGACGACGAGAACGGUUUCGAUAUACGCUGUGAGGUCUGUGAUAAUGUCUAUACGGAUUUAGAACGCCUGGACGAUCAUCUGGUGGGCGCGCAUCACUUUAAACGUGGAGAAUUCGCCUGUGAGUUGUGCUCCCAACAUUUCUGCCAUCGUCCGUUGCUGAUCAAACACGGAGCGAUCGCCCAUAAUAACAUAAGGAAAUAUUCCUGCGAGAAUUGUUCCAAGGUAUUCUGUGACCCAUCGAAUUUACAGCGUCAUAUUCGCGCCUAUCACGUCGGCGCUCGCAGUCAUCCGUGUCCGGAGUGCGGUAAAACAUUCGCCACAUCGUCCGGGCUAAAGCAGCACCAGCACAUCCACUCCUCGGUCAAGCCGUUCGCCUGCGAGGUCUGCUUCAAGGCCUACACGCAGUUCUCCAACCUCUGCCGGCACAAGCGCAUGCACGCCGACUGUCGCAUGCAGAUCAAGUGCCAGAAGUGCAAGACGAGCUUCAGCACGGUCACCUCGCUCUCCAAGCACAAGAAGUUCUGCGACAGCUCCGACAGCUUUCGCAGCGGGCCACAGAGUCGCCUGGAGCAUCAUCAGCACCAGCACCGGCAGCAGCAGCAGCAGCAGCACCACCACCACCAGCACCAGCACCACCAACACCACCAGCAGCCACCUGGUGCGCAUCAGCGACUCGCUGCCGCCGCCGCCGCUGCCGCAGCCAGCAGCAACAGCAGCGACACAGCCGCCAUGGCCACGCCUCCGAAUCACAUGUUCACGAUGCAUCCCACGCACUCGUUCUUUCCGGGCUUUCCGCCGUACGCGCUGCCCAACUUCUUUACGAACUGCCGGCCCCAGCCGCUGCUGCCGCACAUGUUUCCCGGACCGCAUCUGGGCGAGAUGGGGCGCGGCCUGGUGCCGCCGCUGGUCUCGCCGAACGCUGCCUUCCAGCAGCAGCUGCAGGCGGCGAUGAGCCUCAAGUCGGAGUCGCCGCGCCUCAAACGCGAGUCCAGCACGCCGGAGCGCAAGCAUCCCAUCAAGACCGAGCUGCAGCCCAGCGAGGAUGAGGAGGAGGAGCAGGAGGAGUCCAAUGCCUAUGAGCGCCUGGACUCGAGCAAGGAGUCGAAGAAGCCAAUGGCCGAGUCAAAGCCGGAAGCUAGCGGAAGUGAGCAGCCAGCACAAGGCGAGGAUCGGGAGCAGGCCCAAGAUAAUGAUAACGACAAUGAGAAUGACAAUGACAAUGACAAUGAGAAUGAGAAUGAUAAUGACAUUGACAAUGAUAGGAAAUCUAUUGACAUAAUGAGCACACCACCGCCCGCUGAAACGGAGGCGCCGGAGCCGGAGCAGGAUAAGAGCGGUGUGGAUCUGCUGCCACUGGAUCUGUCCGUCAGCCGCAAGCGGCGCAGCUCACUGUGCACGGCCAGCACGCCCGUGCCGCUGGCCAUGUCGCUGUCCAGUCGCACGUCCACGCCCGCGCUGGAGAUCGCGGAGCCGCCCGUCAAGCUGAUGAAGCACAGCUCGGGCGAAUCGUCCACCUCGCACCAGUCCUUCAAGGGUAGCAGUCCCACGCCCAGUGUCAGCGCCUCGCCCGGACCCACGCCCUCGCCCUCGCCGCCCAUCAGCACGGGCGGCGAGCUGAGCAGCAUGUCCGAGAGUGCGGCGUCCGCCGCCGCCGUGGGCGCUGCCUCGGCGGCGGCUGCGGCGGCCUCGGUGAUGGCCUGCCCGCGGCAGCUGCAUCCCCAGCUGCUGCUCGAGGAGUUCUAUCGCUCGCGCUUCAAUACGCCACCGUUUCAUUUUUUAGGCCAAAUGGGCGGACGGCCAGGUUUUGAGCCACUCAAAUCGCCGGCUGCUGGCAUCAGCAGCGGCAGCAGCUCGCGUCAUCUGCCGUUUCCGCCCGAGCACAAUUUCCACGAGGCUCUGCGAGCCGCCGGCCUGGCCGCCGCCGCUGCCAAUGCCUGCAGCAGCGGCGCCAGCGUCGUCGCCGCCAACGGCGGCAAGCUCAAGGACCGCUACACCUGCAAGUUCUGCGGCAAGGUCUUUCCGCGCUCCGCCAAUCUCACCCGGCACCUGCGCACCCACACCGGCGAGCAGCCGUACACGUGCAAGUACUGCGAUCGCGCCUUCAGCAUCUCCUCGAAUCUGCAGCGGCACGUGCGCAACAUCCACAACAAGGAGCGGCCGUUCCGCUGUGAGAUGUGCGAUCGCUGCUUUGGCCAGCAAACGAAUCUCGAUCGGCAUCUGAAGAAGCAUGAGGCGGAUGCGGCCGGCUUCGAGUACAACGACUCGCCCAGCUCGAAUGAGGCUGGCGAUCGGGAGGAGGCCUGCUUCGAUGACAUUCGUUCGUUCAUGAAGCGCGUCUAUACGCCCACCAGUCUGGGCGGGGCGGAUGGGGACACCGAGGAGUAUGCGGGCAGCGAUGAUCAGUUGUCCGUGUCGACGCGUCACUCCGUUAGCUUUGACAAGGAGCUGCUGGCCAAUGGCAACAACAACAACACCAACAACAACAAUAACAACAACAACAACAGCAGUAGCACCAACAGCAGCAGCAGCAGCAACAACAACAACAACAGCAGCAGCAGCAAUCCGACUGGUCUGGGCGAAACGAUCGCCGUGAGCACUUAAGAACCCAAUGAAGAACUGUGGAAACUCUGAACAAAACUGUAAAACUCUACAAUUACUUUAAAGAAAACUUUACUUAAGCGUGCCUCCGAGAGGGAAAACUAAUCUUUAAGUAGUUCGCAUUUUUCCUUCUAGACAUUUAACCAAACACAUUAAAUGAUUUACAAACAAACUAAAAAAAAAAUAAUAAUUAAUAAAAAAAACUAAUUGUAGCUAUGCAAUCAAUGGAAAAAGACGGUGAAGUAAGCAAAAAAAAAAA